UGGUGAGAGUUGGUGAUGGUGGUGGGGAUGGAGACGGCAGAGCUGUGCAGGACGGUGCGGGGAUGCGGGGAUGAGGAGGACGGAGCGGUGCGGUGCGGAUGGGGAUGUCGGUACGGGGAGCUGCAGGCAAGGACGGCGGUGUCUGUACGGUGCCGUGCAGACUCGUGCCGCACGGAGCGGAGCGGAGCGGCGCCGCCCCGUCCCGCCCCCGGUGCCACCGUGACCCCGCCGCCGAUCACUUCCAGGGCGGCCCCGGCUCCCGAUUUGAAAAUGCGGGAGCGGCUGCUGGUGCUCCUGUGCGCGCUGGCUCGGCGGCGGCGGCGGCGCGCCGGGGCCAUGGCCGGGAACGGGAGCAGCGCCGGCAGCGGGAGCGGCGCCGGUGCCGCGGGCUGGGACGGGCCGCAGCGGCGCGCCUGGCUCCGGCACUACUACAGCCAGCGGCAGAAGCGGCUCAUGACGCUCCUCAUCGCUCACCGGAGGAGAACCAGCUGCUGCUUCUACCCCCGUGCCUGGCCCAGCCUCAGGAGCACGGACUGGUGGGAGCGGGUGGUCUUGAAGGAGUUUGGGCCCCAGGACUGGUUGGAGAAGUUUCGGAUGUCCAAGGAGACUUUCUUCUACAUCUGCAACCAGCUGCGGCCUGGGCUGGCUCCGCACAGUGCCCACUUCCACCCCACCCUGCCCCUGGAGAAGAGGGUGGCUGUGGCCCUCUGGCAUUUGGCCACCAACGUGGAGUACCAGACUCUGAGCCCGCUCUUUGGAGUGGGGCCCUCCACUGUGCAGAGCUGUGUCCGGGAGGUGAGCUAUGCUGUUGUCUUGCUGCUGAAGCCACUUUACCUCCGUCUGCCUGACGAGAAGGAGCUGGAGAACAUGGUGCGCAUCUUCUGCACACGCUGGGGCUUCCCGCACUGCAUCGGGGCACUGGACAGCCUGCAUAUCCCCAUCCACCCACCCCUGCGCCUCACCGCCGACUACUGCAACGGCCAGGGCUGGCACUCCAUCCUCACGCAGGCCACCGUGGAUGGGCUGGGGCAGUUCUGGGAUGUCUCCACCGCCUUUCCAGGCAGCAUGGAGAACAGUGCGGUCCUGGAGAGCUCCAGCCUGUGGGUGCUGGCCAAGGAGGGCCGGCUGUGCCCCAACCCUCCCAAGAAUUUCAUGGGGAAGGCACAGAAGUACGUGCUGCUGGGUGAUGCCACGUACCCCCUGCAAGACUGGAUCCUCAAGCCCUACCAGGAGGACGAGAACCUCACCCAGCGCCAGCUGCAGUUCAACUACCGCCUGAAGCGCGCCCACAGCGUGAUCGAGAACGCCUUCCUGCGCCUCAAGGCGCGCUGGCAGAUCCUCCUCAAGUGUGACGACUGCAGCCUGGAGCUGCUGCCCACCCUCGUUCUUGCCUGCUGCAUCCUACACAAUGUCUGCGAGGCCCACGACAACCCCUUCAAUGAGGAGUGGCUGGAGGGCACUGAGCCCACCGAGCUGCCCAAGCCCUCCCAGCCUGCGCCAGCUGCCAUGGAGGACAACCGGGCUGAGCAAGUGCGAGAGCUGAUGUGCCAGUACUUUGAGAGCUGUGGCGAGGGCUGAUGGGCUUGGAGAGCAACUGCCUUGCACAUCCCUGCUUGCAGACUCACUGUGAACUCUGGCAAACUGGCCCAGUGCUACCAGCUGUACCAGGCGGACCCAGGGCAGGGAGGGGCAGCCAUGUCACGCUCGUGCUGGGUUUGCUGUGGAGGUUUCAGGCAGUGGAAUGUAUUUUUUUUUGUGCACAUUCUCUCUCCCAGGAUCUAAACUGUUUGGUGGUGUGAUGUGUGCUGUGGGAGUACAGUGGGGAUUAGGGCUGGGAGGGGGAGGCUGCUGAGAUCUCCCUUUCUUCUGUUUCAAGGCCUCUCCAUUGGGCCAAAAUCAGCAGGAGCCUUGAAAUAAGGCAAAACUCCUUUGAAGGUUUGAAACUUGCUGUGUAAACACACAAACUCAGGGAUAUGCUGCCCUGAGGGUUUGUCCAGCCUGGCAGCCCCUGGCCCCUCUUCAGAGGGGUUUGCCCAGCCUGGAACACCCUGAACCCCUCUCUAGAGAGGUUUGCCCAGCCUGGCAACCCCUGGCCCCUCUCCAGAGGCGAACACACUGAGGACCUUUCUGGAGAGGUUUGCCCAGCCUGGCACCCCUGUUUCCUCCUGAGGGAUUUUGUCCAGUCUUGCACCUCAGGUCCCUCUCAGGGUGGGGGUUAGCCUAGCCUGACACUGCCCAAACUCUCUCCAGUGGAAUUUCGCCUAGCCUGGAACACCCCGAGACCUGUCUCAGGGUGGGCCUUGCCCAGCCUGGCAUCCCAGCCUCUCUCCAGAGGGGUUUGCCCAGCCUGGCACUGUCUCGUCCUUCCAGGGUGGGGUUUGCCCUGCCCAGCACCCCCUGCCCCUCUCCAGAGGAAUUUUGCCCUUCUUGGAACACCUUAGCCCCUCUCUGGAGGGGUUUGCCCAGCCUGGCACCCCUGGCCCCUCUCCGGAGGGGUCUGUGGCUCGGUUCCCGGGCCCCUGUGUCCCUGCCGGGCU